CUUCACUCGAUUGGUGUGCUGCUGAGCUAAUUUUCGUCUCCCUCGUUCUCCGUGUUGUUGUUCACGGUGACGCGGCGGAGGUGUAGCCUGACGCGGUCUCUUACGUGUCGGCCUGAAUAAAAGUGGAGCUCCGGGGGCCCGGGAGUGACGGAGGGAGCCUGUACCGUUUUUGGGCAACUAAAUGACAAUGGAAUCGGGUGCAGAGACUCAGCAGGGCAGUGAAGCAGCUGUCUCUGAAACCGAAAACCAGCAAAUAGUACAAGCACAGCCACAGAUUGCAGCUCUGGCCCAGGUUUCCAUGGCAGCAGGAGCUCAUGCAACAUCGACCGCCCCUACAGUGACUCUUGUUCAGCUCCCAAAUGGACAGACUGUGCAGGUUCAUGGAGUCAUACAGGCAGCACAGCCCUCGGUUAUUCAGUCUCCCCAAGUCCAAACGGUACAGAUUUCCACAAUCGCAGAGAGUGAAGAUUCUCAAGAGUCUGUGGACAGUGUGACAGACUCACAGAAGCGUAGGGAAAUCCUCUCAAGGCGACCGUCAUACAGAAAAAUUUUAAAUGACCUUUCUUCUGAUGCUCCUGGUGUUCCUCGUAUUGAGGAAGAGAAAUCUGAAGAAGACUCAUCCACUCCGGCCAUAACCACAGUCACAGUGCCAACUCCAAUCUAUCAGACCAGCAGUGGACAAUAUAUUGCCAUUACACAGGGUGGUGCCAUUCAACUGGCAAAUAAUGGCACGGAUGGCGUGCAAGGCCUCCAGACACUUACAAUGACCAACGCUGCCGCAGCACAGACUGGAACUACAAUUUUACAGUAUGCACAAACGACAGACGGUCAACAGAUCCUUGUGCCCAGCAAUCAGGUGGUUGUGCAAGCGGCAUCAGGAGAUGUCCAAGCUUAUCAGAUACGUACUGCUCCCACCAGCACCAUUGCUCCUGGUGUUGUUAUGGCCUCUUCGCCCGCACUACCCACUCAACAGACUGCCGAAGAAGCAGCACGGAAGAGGGAAGUGCGUCUUAUGAAGAACAGGGAGGCAGCACGUGAAUGUCGCCGGAAGAAGAAAGAAUAUGUAAAAUGUCUGGAAAAUAGAGUGGCUGUACUGGAAAACCAGAACAAGACUCUGAUUGAGGAACUAAAAGCACUUAAAGACCUUUAUUGCCAUAAAUCUGAUUAACUACCAGGACAAUUUGCAGAUAUAUACUGUAUAUAGACUAGCCUGGCAUAAAAGAACCGGGCAAAAGACGUGUUUUCUAAAUGUUGUUUUUUUAUGCUGCAGACUGCCUAUAUGAGAAAUAUUGGAUUAUUCGUACAUGUUACCUUUGGAUCAUGACAUAUAUGAGAUUUAAAAUAACAACCGCCAAAUCGACCCUUUUUUUUUAAGAACUCAUCUCAAAAUAGUGUUUCUUUUUCCUUCCACCUGAGAAUAUCCCUUUACAAGUGUGCAUCAUGUUGUAAAAGGACAAACGACUUCUUGACUGAAUAGAACACGCAAGUCUUGGGAAUUCUACUGCUACCUUUCACGGUUACCAAGUUGCCAUUGGAGCCCAUUGUGUAAAGAAUUUUUCUUUUCUUUUUUUUUUUUUUUUUAAUGGAGUCGGCGUACAAAACUGGACAGCAGAGAACUUUUUUGCCCUAGCACAAUGUGAGCAGAGGUCCUUCAUCUUUUCAUUUCAAGUUAUUAUUUUUUUUAUGUCUAGGUUACCUGUUAAAUAGCUAUGAUAUGACUGAAAUAAAUUACAGGUACUGUCUCUGUAGUUUAUAAAGCCCUCAAUAACAUUCACCCCCAUCCUCUUUAUUUUAGAGUUUCCUUUGUGCAAUUUGAACUGACGAAAAAAAAAAAAGGGGGGUUGAGGUGAAACGUUGUGGUCUGCCUGCGUUGUAUGCCACUCUGCAAGAAUGCAUGUUGGUGCUCUUUUUUUUCCUAUGUGAACAUUUCUCCUAUUCAAAUCACGAUAAAAAAAAAUAAUAAUAAUCAAGUAUUAUACAUGUUGUCUUGCUAUCCUGUCUUAGUGACCGGGUUAAGUAACAUUUUGUUUAUGUACAUUACCUUAAAAAGGUAUCAUGUAAGCUGUAUCACUUUUUUUUUUUUUUUCUCUGGGAACAAAGUGAGCCUCAAUUUGUGUGGCAUUUUUAAAAAAAUAAACUCUGGGUUAAUGAAUUCUGUACACUCAAAGAGCCGUUGCAAAGAGGAGAGUUUUUUUUAAACAUUUAAUAUGUAUUUGCUGUUAGAAGUAUGAUUGAUUCGGCAAGGCAACUCAAUUGAGACGUCACCAGAUAUUUUUUUUAUUUUUAGUUGACUUGAAAGGGCUCUUAUUGUAAUGAGUGGCAUUUCUUGUGUGUGUGUGUGUGUGUGUGUGUGUGUGCGUCCUCUUGACUCAAAGUUAGACUCGUCUGCUAACACGUGCCACAAGAGUUUUCACUAAGCUUCUAGGAAGCCAUUUUUUAAUGGCAGAGACUGAACUGAACGUACAAAGAAAAGCAAAUCACGUACAUCUUAAAUACCGAGAUUUUAUUUUAUUUUUUUUUUUUUUCCAGUGGAAUAAAGUGUAUUUGAAUGCAUCCGGCAUACAAUCUCAGUAGACCUGUAUUUUGUUCCAGUGUAUUAUGAAAAUCAUGUUAAUCAUGUUCUAUUAUAUUAUUAUUACUUUUUCUGCUUCAUUUGUGUAUAUCAGCUGGACCAUAGUUUGUAGUGAAAUAUUACAAUAGCGGUGUGAAUCAGGAAAGCCCGUUCCUUGUAAACUGAAUAUGCCGAAUUUUUAUCUCUUGCCACUCAGUCCAUGUGGUAGUUAACUGCAUGUUCCUUACGGUUAACUUUACAGUAAUUGUGUGUGCGUGUGUGUGUGUGUGUGUAUUUUGUUUCUUGCCCCCAUUUUGGUAUUUUAUGCCACAAUGUAUUAUAAAUUGUCCAAGGUUCAGUUUUUACAUUGUGUUAUUUUUGUUGUUUAUUGUUUAUUAUUAUUUUUUUUUUAUAUUUACCUUAGAUGCAUCUUAAAAUUCUGUCAAACAGAUAAGAAAAUUUGUAAUGGUUGUCUUACGGUUUUAAGAUCACCGGGAGUCCUUUCCAUCUAUUUACCCUUGUGGCAGCUAUUGAAAGUGGCUUUUAAGAUCAAAUAUAUCAUCGAAACUCAAAGUUUCUGAUAGCAUUACGCUGAAUUUCUAUUCUGUGUUAGAAGAUUUGUUUUAUAAUAAAAACCUUAAAAAAAUCUACAAAACUACAGAA